AUGGCCGUAUACUCAUCUGAUGAGCUGGUAUGGUGUCGGGUGUUCUCUCUUUCCCUCAAAGAGGAGGCGUUAGAUUGGUUUCAUUCUUUACAACCGGGCACGAUCGGUAACUUUGCUGAACUUAGGCAAUUGUUUACUCAACAAUAUGCUACAAACAAAACGCCCGGGGUGACAUAUACAACAUUAGUCAGGAUGAGACAAGGGCGUGACGAGUCCCUUAAGUUAUUUAUGGAUAGAUUCAAUCGUACUGCCCGACAGGUGCGAAACGCAGACCAAAGAUUGAUUGUGAGUGCAUUGACAACAACCUUAAGGCCUGGACCAUUUUGUGACUAUUUGCAUGCUGAGGAACCUCAAAGCAUGGACGAGUUACAGAAUAGACUCGCCAGUUUCAUCCGAAUAGAAGAAGGAAGAGCACACCAACGAGGGAGAGAGGAGGGCGAGUCAACGGCUCGUACGGUGCGAGGAGGGGCCGAACAUCCGUUCGGCAGAAAAGACAGAGCAGUAGGUCCCAGAGGCAGGGAUCAAAACAGGAUGCAGAGAUACGUACACCACACUCCACUGAAUGCGCCUCGAGCGAGAGUGUUGGAGGAGGCAUUAAGGGCGGACCUAAUGGCCGUGGUGCAAAUACCUACACCGGCAGGAGCUGACGAAAGCAGAGCCAGACUAUCAUCAGCACGACGAGACCCGCAGGUGAGGAAUCAGCAAAGAGCUGAUCGAAGCAGGAGCAGGAGUGCCGAGCGGGUAGUCAGGGGAGUAAUCAACACGAUUUUGGGAGGAUUUGCGGGGGGUGGUUCGACAUCAGCAGCCAGAAAGAGACAUCUUAGAAAUUUACGCAGCGUCGGCCGAACGGGCACCUCAGGGAGAUCUAUGCCCACUAUUACAUUCUCAGAUGAAGACUUUCACGCGCCUGAUUUAGAGCAGAACGAUCCAAUGGUCAUAACGGCCAUGAUUGCUAGGUACCAGGUUAGCAAAGUUUUAGUAGAUCAAGGAAGUUCGGCUAACAUCCUCUACUGGAAAACGUUCACACAAAUGGAAAUAUCAGAGGAUGCCAUUAUGCCUUUCAAUGAACAAAUUGUGGGGUUUGCGGGAGAAAUGGUGGACACGAAGGGGUAUGUCGACUUGAGGACCAGUCUGGGGACGGACAGAGGUGCCAAAGAAAUGAAGGUGGAUUCUUGUUAG